AUGAAAACCGUCACUUCCCUUGUGGCCCUGCGCCCCGCGACCAGCUUCAUCAGCGCCCAUAGCUUGCGGGCCUCGACAAUUGCUCGAUCGUAUGCGACACAGAAUACCCAGGGACCGACGCCCCUAGGACCGAAGCGACGAGGCGUGACACCAUUCAACGAUGAUGGAUAUGUUCCCUGGAAAGAGCUGUCCGUCCCAGAAAAGGCCGCGCGCGCGACGCAGCAGAGCUUCAACUUUGGAUUCGUCCUCGUUGGCCUCGUGCUCACUGGCGGCGUUGGAUAUCUUUUAUGGACAGACGUUUUUUCGCCAAACAGCAAAACGGUCCAGUUCAACCGAGCCAUCGACAAGAUCAAGAAGGACGAGCGAUGUCUGGAGCUUUUUGGCGAUGCAAAGAAGAUUCUCGCUCACGGCGAAGAAACGAAUAAUAAGUGGCAGCGCGCGCGACCUCUGGCAUCGACUGAGCGUGUGGACAAGCAAGGUGUCCAUCAUCUGAUUUUGCACUUUCACGUCGAAGGCCCGCGCAACCACGGCGUGGCGCAAGUCCACAUGGUCAAGCUCCCCGGACAUUCCGACUACGAGUACAAAUACCUGUUUGUCGACGUCAAGGGCCACGAACGCGUAUAUCUGGAGAAUUCUGAAGCGAACAGAUCUGCCGGCAAGAAAUCAUUCUCCAUGUUUGGAGUCAAAUGGGAUUGA